AUGUCGGCGCCAGUCGGAGCUGCAGGCGACCUCGCCAAGACCGCCGAUCCAGAACGUCCCGGACAUGUCGACGUCGACGGCAGCAUCGGAAGGACAAAAUCCAAUGACCACCCCGACGACCUGAAGCCACCGCCGGCCGAAGAUGGCAACACCGCGAUCGGUGUCAGCAGAGUCGAGGCCUUCAAUAAGGUGCUCUACCAGUCGGGCAAGUCCGGCAAGGUCAUCCUCUGGCUGCUGGGUAUCUCGAUCGGCCUGACCAUGUUCGCCUACGCCCUCGACCAGGGCAUUACGUACUCCAUCUUCACGACUAUGGCCAGCUCGACCUUCGGCCAGCACAGCUCGCUCGCCGCCGUAAGCACCGCAAGCCAGAUCAUCCGCGCCAUCAGCAAGCCCUUCAUCGGCAAGCUGGCCGACAUCACCUCCCGCCCGACCACCUACGUCGUCAUCCUCGUCUUCUACGUUGUCGGCUUCGCCGUCGCAGCUAGUUCCAGCACUUUCGCCGCCUACACCGUCGGCAUCUGCUUCACCUCGGUCGGCAAGUCCGGUCUUGACCUGCUGAGCGACAUCAUCGUCGGUGACUUGACCCCGCUGCAGUGGCGAGGCUUCUUCGGCGCUGUACUGUCCGUCCCCUUUGUCGUCACCGUUCCCGUCAACGGCUUCAUCGCUGAUGCCUUUGUCGACAACUGGCGCUGGGGCCUGGGCAUGUUCGCCAUCAUCGUCCCGGUCCUCCUCGUCCCGGCCAUCUUCACCCUGUACUCGAUACAGCGCCGCGGCGAGAAGUUGGGCAUGGUCACCAUGGCAGCCUCGAAGCGCUUGAGGACGGGUGCUGGAGACACCGGGGAGCGUGUCAACUCCGAGGGUUUCACAUACUGGGUGAAGUUGCUGCAAGAGGGGCUCAUCGACAUCGACAUCUUCGGACUUAUCAUCCUCGGCACGGCGUUCUCCCUUAUCCUGCUGCCCUUCACGCUUGCGGAAGAUGCCGACGGCGGUUGGGCCAGCGGGAGAAUCAUCGCCAUGCUUGUCGUGGGCUUCGUCCUUCUCAUUGCCUUCGUCCUCUUCGAGAUGUAUGUCGCGCCGAAGCCGCUCAUGACGAAACGCAUCCUCCAGAACCGCACGUUCCUCGCCUCGGCCGCCAUCUACACCUUCAACCAGAUGGCCUCUUCCGUCCGUAACACCUACUUCUCCUCGUACGUCUACAUCAUCAAGGAGUGGUCGACGUACGAGUGGACCAUCUUCCUCGGCAUCACCACCAUGGGACUUAGCAUCAUGGGACCCAUCGUCGGUCUCAUCCAGAGAUCCACCCACCGCUACAAGUCCAUGAUGCUCUUCGGUGCGGCAGCCAGACUCGUCGCCUACGGUCUGCUGGUUCAGAGCAACGGCCUCAUGAUCCAGGACACGCCGCGGUUGGUUGUCGCCCAGCUCCUCUACUGCCUCGGCUCCUUCAACGUCGUCGGCGCGCGCGUUGGUAGUCAAGCAUCCGUUCCGCACGAGGACAUGGCCUCCAUCAUCGCCAUCCUGACGCUUUGGUCGACCCUGGGUUCAUCAGUCGGCAGCGCCGUCUCCUCGGCCAUCUGGACCAACGAGAUGCUCGAUCGCAUGCGCAUGGAGAUGCCGGGCGUCGACGAGAAGACUCUCGCGAAGCUCUACGGAAGCAUCAAGAAGCUGCGCACCACGUACGCCUUCGACGAUCCCGUCAGGCAGGGUGCUAUCCGUGCGUACGCCUUCGUCAACGGUCACAUCGCCAUCACCGCCCUUCUUCUGGCUGCGGUGCCUCUGGUCGCCACGUUCUUCAUGCCGGACUUCUACCUCGGCAAGCAGCAGAACGCUGUCACGAACAUGGGUCUCGACGGCGAGGCGGUCGAUUUGCCGCAGAGACAGUCUCGGAAUGAGGACGGAUCUGUCGCGGUCCAGGAGCAGUCGAAGCCCUUUUACCAGAGGUGGCUUGCUUCCUACCGCAAGGCCGCGUAG